AUGCUGGCUGUGGGCUGGGACGAGCCAGACCCCUGCUGGGAACUGGUCCUCGUGGGAGGGGAAGGGAGGAAGUCCUGUGCUCUAACAUCUCCCCUUUGUUUCCUUCUUCUGCCUCUCCCCGAAGGCUGCAAGAUCAAAGCACUGAGGGCCAAGACCAACACGUACAUCAAGACCCCAGUGCGCGGCGAGGAGCCGGUCUUCAUGGUGACAGGGCGGCGGGAGGACGUCGCCAUGGCUAGGCGGGAGAUCAUCUCAGCCGCCGAGCACUUCUCCAUGAUCCGGGCAUCUCGCAACAAGGCCGGCACCACCUUUGGCAGUGCCCCAACCCUGCCGGGCCAGGUCACUAUCCGGGUGCGUGUGCCGUACCGUGUGGUGGGCCUAGUGGUGGGCCCCAAAGGUGCCACCAUCAAGCGAAUCCAGCAGCAAACCAACACCUACAUCAUCACGCCCAGCCGGGACCGGGACCCCGUGUUCGAGAUCACGGGGGCGCCGGGCAACGUGGAGCGGGCCCGGGAGGAGAUCGAGACCCACAUCGCCGUGAGGACGGGCAAGAUCCUGGAGUACAACAACGAGAACGACUUCCUGUCCAGCAGCCCCGACUCGGGCAUGGAGAACCGCUACUCGGAGGCGUGGCGGGUCCACACGCCCGCCCCGGGCUGCAAGCCGCUCUCCACCUUCCGCCAGAACAGCCUGGGCUGCAUCGGCGACUGCUCCGUGGACCCCAUCUACGAGACGCCGCGGCUCAACGACCAAAACGACUUCAAUUACGGUUACCUCUUCCCCAACUACGGAGUGAGCAAGCAAGAUCUGUAUUACGGGGUGCCGGAUUCCAGCACCCCGAUGUGGGCCGGGCAGGAGAACACCAACCCCGUGUCCGUGCUCUUCUCCAAGCAGCAGCGGUCGGGGAGCACCGGGGCCAUCCACCCCAACUCCCACCGCUCCCCGUCCUCGUCCAUCCAGGAGCCCAACCUCUCCAGCCUGCCCAGGAGGUCGCAAGGGGAACCCUUGCAAGGCUUCUCCAAGCUGGGCACCAGCACCGUGGCCCGGACGGCCGUCUCCAGCAGCCGGGAGUGCAUGGUGUGCUUCGAAAGCGAAGUCACGGCUGCCCUUGUGCCCUGCGGCCACAACCUCUUCUGCAUGGAGUGCGCCGUGCGGAUCUGUGAGCGGACCGACCCCGAGUGCCCUGUUUGCCACGCGGCAGCCACUCAGGCCAUUAGAAUAUUUUCUUAAAGAGACAGGACGGGGCAUGGGGCGGGGCAAAAAAGGGGUGGGCGGGGCUUCCAAAAGAAAUAAAUAACUAACUAAAUAAAAGAGGAGGAGGAAGAAGGUGGUCCAGUAAUACAAGUGACAUCCGAAGACCGAACAAAAUGAGAGAG